ACUAUUUUGAUAUGACUAAAGAGAAUAGUUAGAGUCGUUAACAUUUGGGAUAAGAGGGCAAUUUUUAACUUCCAUAAGAAUGGAUGAUUUUGAAAAACUUCAUGACUAUUUUGAACAAGUGGCUGCACACACUGCUCCAGCAAAUCCACCUAUGGAAGAGAAACAGGAAAGCCCAGUCAAUAUAACCCGGCGCUUGAGAGACCGAGCACUACUCAAGAGAAAAAAAGAAGAAGCACAAGAUAAAGACACAAUCUAUGAACAGACCCGGAGUAAAAGGCAGCAAAGAGGCAAAGCAACUGGGCGUGGCAGAAAAAAGAUUGAAGCAAAGGAAUUGGAACCUGAACCCAAGCAAGCGGUUGAGCCUGAACGUGAGCUUCAGCCAGAAACUGAGCCUGAAUCUGCAUCUGUUCCUGAGCCUGAACCUGAGGUCAAUGUGCCACAGGAACAAGCAGAAAAUGCCCAGGAACAUUCGCAGUAUUAUGAUGAUCCAGUUACGGUGACUGAACAUGUGGCACCUUUAGUACAUGAAGAAGCUGAUGUACAUGGCCUGCAAGAUAAAACCUCUUUAUUAACAGAAAAAGAAGCUUACCAAGAAACUGUGCCUGAGCAGGUAGCUGAAGUCCCCGAGGUUCUAAGCUUCCAUGUUGAUGCUGAAGAAGAGGAACCACAAUAUUAUACACCUCUACUCUAAGAUGAAUUAUAUGCACACAAUAAAAAACAUAAAUACAUUCAACAUUGUAUUUGCUAUGCAAAAUAUCUGUUUCUGUAGAUUUAACUGUACAAUAACUAAAGGUAUUAGCAUAAGAGAGUGCAGUAAUUCAUUAUCCUUCUGUAAGUGAAUAUAAACAAACAUAUAGAUAUAUACAGUAUAUAUAUUAUUCAUAGUUUAAACAUUUAACAGAAUUUUUCUAAGACAGUUUAUUAGAUAUUUACUAUAGAUUAUAUUGUCUAACAUGUUCACCUUUCUAAAACAUAAUAAAAUAUGACUUUUUAUUA